AUAUAAGGUUCUGUAGCCAACAGGUUCUCGGGACGAUCUUUCUGUACCUUUAAACUUAGGAUAGGAGACGUCGCGCACCAUCCCCUGCGCAGUUUACCCCCAGUCUAGGCAGCACAGUUGUUAUUCAAGAACCGGUGGGUGCAGACGCUUCAUAUUCAGUCUCUGGUGUUUGUUGUGGAAAUGUAUUGAGGAAUUAGAAGAAUGAAUUUAACGUGGAUAAUUGCUUUGGUCGCGUGCACUGUGGCGUGUGCCAACAGUGAGCGCGGCGGUUCUUCACUCCGGGGAGCCCUUGAAGCCCUACAACGUCGUCAGCGAGGCCGCACACGUGGCCCUAUCAUACCAGAACCAGACUACGAUGCCCUGUAUGAGUUUAUACCGCCUCAAGCAUACCCAGAUCAAGAUUACCCCAUGGAUAUAGAAGACCUUGAUGAAGAACCCAAUUCCAAAUAUAUGGUUAAAUUACUCGAUGAAAACGACAGACCUCCGGGUGCUUACGAAUAUAAAGUGAUUAGAAAGAAGAACUUUCCUGAGUCAUCCUCAAAAAAGGAAUCGGCAUUCCGCGAAAGAGCUCAAAGUCCAAGCAAUGAAAAACUACGUGAUCUUUUCAUGGAGAAAGGAGAAGCUGAAAACAAAAACGAUCCUUCAGAUAUCAACAAGAAUGAUGCUGAAUACGCUUUAUUGCUCGGAGAGCUGUGGUCAAAAUACAAAUACAACAAAAAUCACCCUAAGAAUACGGAAGCUAUGCCGCAAGGUGUCGUAAAGCUAUACAAGGAUAAAGUUGUCAAAAAACGAUACCCUGAUAAUUGGGGACCCAUUGCCUUUAAAAAGAAACGCAGUUCGAAUUCAGAAACAAAUCAGAGGAUUUUAACCGAAUACGAUGAGGGAAAACAGAGACCAGUCACUGUGGACCCCAUUUAUAAUGGCUAUAAUAUUGACGAUGACGAUAAGGACGACUUACUUGAGGAAUACGCAAUUGCUUUUCAACCAUUAGAUGACGACAAUUUGUCUGAUUUAGCUGAUGAUGAUCAGUAUCCCUAUGAUAACGUAGAGAAACGAUUUCCGGUCUCGAAACGAAGCAGCGGUCCGUAUGAUUUCGGAAAUCAAAACAAACAAUUCACCCAAAAUCAAAAUAAGCGAGAAACGUCGAAGGCAUUCCGAAAUACCGGUACUGAUCCUAGGGUCAUAAAAGAUUUAUCAAAAAUUUUUGGGGAGCAGGACAUAAUUAAAAACCCAGUUAAACGUAGCAGUGACAACAUAGAAUUACAUGAAACCAAACCACCUAUAUUACCUAUACCACACAACCAUACUCUACUGGAUAAUUCGUCGAAACAAGAUGACGAUAGUCACGAACAUCAAGGACAUAACAUGCACCAUCCUGGAACAUCCGGUAAAGAAGCAGAACCCGACAACUCUACUGAUGACCAUAACGAUGGAGAAAGUGAAAAGCCAAUUACAGUUAGAAAGAAGUCUAUCGAUUGGUCCGACUACUUCGGUAUCGAUAAGCGUAACAAAAAGACAAAAAAAUUCGUUAACGAUUUAACUCAAGAUCGUUUAAGAAAACAAUACUUUAACACGUUCAAUAAGGAAGUCAUUUAUCCAUUAACAACGUUUCGCAAACACGACAAAGUGAAGAGAAACUUUAUUCAGCCUAAUUCUAACGAAGAAACAGAAAUACAGAUCGAUCGCACACAAGCUAUUGCGCUUAAGAAUGAUAAUAAAAGAAUUGCAAAGGACAACGACUCCAAAUUAGAUAACAUUGACAAGAAACUAAGGAACAUGGAAGGUUUGAUUGUUGAUGAAGCCUUACACUAUUCCAAUGGCGGGGAAGAACUGGAUUCUAAGGAAGAACAAGAAAUGAAAGAGAAGCUGCUAUCCCGUUUGGCUGCAGCCUAUAGCUUGGAAAAAAUGAGAAAAGCUUUAAAAGAAUUUAAGCAAAGCCUACAGACACAGAAACUAACAGCAUCCGCCAUUCCUGUUGAAGAAGGCAAAGCUAAAAGGGUUGCUGUAAAAAAAGAGCUUUUGGACAAUGAAAUAUCGGCAUCAAACAAAAACCAGCUAAACGAUGACUUUGAAGAUGAACAAGGCGCUGGACAUUACUUAAAUGGAAAAAUCGACGAACAAUUUUCAGAGGGAUACAUGGGCGGUAGCGGCAGGCAUCGGGUCCCGGUAAUCUCAACAGGUGGACCAUCUGGAUCAUGCCCUGUGUUAGCAAAAAUUAUACAACGAUGCCGUGGAGUGGACUUGCUGGCUGGUGACAGAGGCCAGUUGUUCCUCCCCCUUUGCAGUCUACAUCAAAUCUGUUAUUUAUGCGGCGAAGCACCACCUACAACCUGCGACUUAGUAUUUAUAUCUGAAGCUGACACUGCAUGUGAUGGAGAUUCGAGCUGCCAACGAGCAGCUAGAUCUGCGCUCAUGGCUCUUCGAGAACUACAUGACAAUUUGGCCGACGAAAUGGAUGGAGAAUGCGAGGCAAGCCCCUGUCUCCCGGCAACCCUUAAAUUAAACCUCGGCUGGCAGAGAGCCCUUCGACGAUAGACUAUUCAAUAAUGGUUUUGAGAAGAUCAAAUAAUCACAACAGCUUAGGCCAUUGCGUUCACGAGGAAUAUUAGAAAAGCAUUUUCGUCUUAAUGACAUACCUAUGCGCCAUCUUAAAAUGAAACAUUUUGCAAGAAGAUAGAAAACAGUAUUUUCUAGAUCUAAUAUGUCGCCAUUAACUCAUAAUAAUAUAGUAUAAUAUUUAUCGUAAGAGUUCAAACGUCAUUUGUUAUGUUCGUACGAGUCUAACCAGCCAUAGGCCCGUACGGAUACAUAAUUAAGUCACAAUAUUGUUCUCUAUAUUAAAGUCAGCUAGUGUGUAUUUAUGCGGUACUCCCACGCUUUGAUUGUUAUAUGUAAUUUUUAAAUGAAAUCAAUAGUUUAGGAGUCAUAUAUAUGAAUUGUUGUAAGACAAUUUUAUUAGACAAGUUUUAUGCUAUUGUGUUUCAGAUAGGAAUUCGAUUUUAUAAUAUGCGGUUGGGCGGGAACUUAAGACAUUGUAAGUGUUUGUGGAAUGUAUUGAGAUAGUAAAUUUAUCGUUGUUAACAUUGUAUUUUAUUCGACACAAUUCAAAUAUGUCGAAACAAAUAUUAAACUUAUUCUUAUUGUCUAAAUGUCGUAUUAAAAUAUCGUGUACUGUCGAAACAGUGUUUUAUGGAAAUUACGAGAACUACAAUAAACUCGAUGGGUGCAUUUGGAAUUAUUCACCCAGGCUUCUAUAUAUUUUAUAUUUAUUUAAACUUAUAUUAAACAAUUUACUCGUCUGGAUAUGGACUGGAUCACCUCAACAUUAUGUUUUAACUGUAAUCACGUAUAAAAUCGCAUAGCGCAUUUAAUUAUAUGUCGGCACUUUUAACUAUACUGUAUACUAGGACAAUAAAAGUUGGGUUCACACUAAUGAC